AUGACAGCUAGUAAUAAUUUACCAUCAAUAAAAGGUGACCAAUUAGGUCCAUGGAAACUGGGCGAAACACUGGGUCUUGGUAGUACUGGUAAAGUGCAACUAGCUCACAACAAGACAACUGGAAAACAAGCCGCUAUAAAAGUGAUAUCCAAGUCUGUGUUUAACAAUAAUUCAGCCCAAAGUAGUUCGCUAACUACACCUGAUGCGUUACCUUACGGGAUUGAACGUGAAAUUAUUAUAAUGAAAUUAUUGAACCAUCCAAAUGUACUGAGGUUAUAUGAUGUCUGGGAGACUAAUUCGAACUUAUACAUGGUUUUAGAAUAUGCUGAAAAGGGUGAAUUAUUCAAUUUGUUGGUAGAGAAGGGGCCAUUACAAGAACAGGAGGCUAUUAGAUUUUUCAGACAAAUAAUAAUUGGUAUAUCAUAUUGUCAUGCUCUCGGUAUUGUCCAUCGUGACUUAAAACCAGAAAAUUUAUUACUAGAUCACAAAUAUAAUAUCAAAAUUGCAGAUUUUGGUAUGGCUGCUUUGGAAACUGAAGAUAAACUACUAGAAACAUCUUGUGGUUCACCACAUUAUGCAGCUCCCGAGAUUGUUUCAGGUAUACCAUAUCAUGGGUUUGCCAGUGACGUCUGGUCGUGCGGUGUGAUCUUGUUCGCUUUAUUAACUGGUAGAUUACCUUUUGAUGAGGAAGAUGGUAACAUCAGAAAUCUUUUGCUAAAAGUCCAGAGCGGUGAAUUUGAAAUGCCUUCCGAUGACGAAAUAUCACAUGAAGCCCAAGACCUUUUAGCAAAGAUUUUAACUGUAGAUCCAGAGAAAAGAAUAAGAGCGAGAGACAUAUUGAAGCAUCCCCUUUUACAAAAAUAUCCAAGUAUUAAAGACUCCAAAAGUAUUAGAAAUCUUCCUAGGGAGGACACCUAUUUAAAUCCUUUAUCUGAUAAUAACUCUACAAUUGAUAAAACAAUCUUACAAAACUUGGUUGUCCUUUGGCAUGGUAGAGACGUAAAUGAAAUAAUAUCAAAAUUAAAAGAACCUGGUGCAAAUGCUGAAAAGACUUUAUAUGCUUUAUUAGAUCGUUUUAAGAUCGAUUCAGAGAAAGAAAACUUCAAGAAUGAACAAAUAAGAAAAAGACAAUCCAUAACUUCCUCUGUUUCUAGAUCACCAGCUAAAAAGGCAUCUACGCCUCAACGUAGAAAAAAUAGAAUAUCCAUGAUUAGUGUUUCAUCAUCUCACAAAAAACCUGCGUCAUUCAACAGAUUAUCAUCAGUCGUUCAUAAUAAUUUAAGCGCUUCUUCAAGUACUACGACUACUCCUGCAUCAAAGAAAUUUUCGAUGAAUAAGAAACUUUCUAUGAUUGCAGAUAAAUCCAAUAGUAAUAAUUCCUCACCAACACCUGCACACAGAAAUAAAAGAACUUCGAUGAUUAAUACUGACAGACAGUCAAUUCUUUCUAAAAAUAAAAGAGCUUCCAGAUCUAGCAAAAGGUUAUCCGUUAUGGCAAACAUGAAACGUGGCUCAAUCACCACCAAAUUAAUCGCAACAUAUGCCAAAUUGUCGGAAGAUGAUGAUUGGGAAUACAUUGAGAAGGAAACAAAAAGAACAAGUUCAGAUUUUGCUACAUUGAUUGACGAAAUUUUUGAGCAUGAAAAAUAUGAACAAAUUAGAAAGGAGAAGGAAGAGCUGGCUCGCAAGGUCAGACUAGCAAAAGAACGUGAAGAAGAAGAAAGAAGAAGACGGGAGGAAGAAGAGCUACAUAAAUUAAAUGAAGAAAAAAAAUUUGAAGCUCAACAACUGCAACUCCAAAGACAGAUGGAUGAGGAAAUUGAGAAUCUACGUGCUGAUUUGAAAGGAGAUGUCGAACCAAAUCAAGAGAAAAAUGAAGAUAAUUAUAGGUCAGUAUCCGUCCCACUAUCGAAGGAAACAGUUAAUGACAAUCUACUACGUCAACGUAACUUCUCUUUGCAAACUAGACCAAUUUCAAGACUUGAUCCAGGUCUGUUCUUCAGCGAACAGUCUCCUACUGAGGAGAAACCAAUUUCUCCAGAUGAACCAGUUCCCAAUAAGAAACUAGAUACCGAAAAGAUGAUCCUUGAAACAAUAAGAAGAUCCAAAUUCUUAGGUUCAUCUUUUGAUAUUAAUCGUGAACUAAAAGCCGCAGAAAAAAGAGUUAUGCAACCUCCUACUGUUCAAAAACUCACUACUGAAAACAAAAGCUCUGACGAGCUACCUAAACAUGCUGUAGGCACCGCUGCAUUGAAUUCCAGUACUGCAGAAGUGAGCAAAAUUUCUGAUAUUAGGGUUCCACAAUUCACGAGAAAGUCAAGACACUUCACCACUUCCAACAGAAGGUUGUCAGUACUUUCGAUGUACUCGACCAGACAGUCAUUCUCUAACCUCGUAGACAUAUUGAAAAAUACUGAAGCAGGCACCGAAUUAGGUCAAAGAACACCAACACCUCACAGUGCUGGCGAUUCUGAAUUUAUAUUUGAAACUGUCAACGAAGAAGCAGAGUAUACUGGUAAUAGCUCGAACGAUGAUAAAUUAUAUGAGGUGGCUGACUUAGAUGCAGCAGAAAAACCUUCUGGUAUGAAGUUGAAUUUCGCAGACAGAUUCAAUAAAAAGGAAGAAGACUCAACUGAGCCAUCAAGGGACAUUCAGAAUAAGCUUCCAGUUUUGCCACCACUUGAUGGAAAAGCUGGAUUGGGUAUUUAUCAAACUUCAUCUCCUAUUGAGCCUCAACUUCUAGAGAGACCAGUUAAAGGCGAUAAAUUUAUGGAGACUAUUUCAUCUGAUAAUGAAAAGCCUGAAAAAGAAAUCAAAUCAAUGAUACCUGAAGCUGUGAUUGAAGAGCCUAAAAACGUUUCGCCGAUUGAGGUUCAGAAGACUAGAAAAGACCAGGAACAUGAUAAAAGACCAGUAAUGGAAAAGAAACCCGAGGUAGUGGCGCCAAAACAAAGAGAAUCUGAUCAAGAAAAAAAGAGGAGUGUGUCCUUCUUUAGGAAGUUUUCUGGAUCUUCCAUCUCGUCAAAUAAGUCAAAAGCUGAGACGGAAAAGGUUCUAGUCACAAAUAUAGCCGCUAGACAAGUAUUUGAUGGGUUAAGACGUCUACUUAACGGAUGGUCCAAGUAUGGCUUAAAAAAUGUCAGGUCCGUGUCAAGUACCAUGACUAUAUCAGGUAAAUUAUCAAGUGACAAUAUCUUAUCAUUACGUUCAACUAAUUUUGAAAUAAAGGUGACAUCGAACGGUGAAUCUUCCUCUGUUUUGAUAAGAAAAAAAUCUGGUUCUUCUAAAGCCGUUUUGAGAUUGACAACUGAGAUAGAAAAUAUUUUCAGCAAAGAAGGUGUUCUUCUACCUUAG